CACCGUACCGCGUGUCCACCGCGCCAUCUAUCGACCUACGUCUAGUAACGCAGCAACACUGAGAAAAAAAACAUGGCGACCUCCGUGAGCACCCCCCUUCAUCUGAUACCGACGCGUUUUUUCGGUAAAUAAACGUAUUUAAAGAGGAGCACGUUUCUUCCGACGGAAAAUAAACAUCGAAAAUCAGGGUCAUGCCCAGGCUGGCGGUGGUUUGCGGGGGCUCCAGGGGCAUUGGGAAGGCCGUGGCCCGCCUGAUGGCAGAGAGGGGCUGCAGGUUGGCUGUUGUCUCCAGGGACCUAGAUGCUGCCCGGGAUACUGCGGCAUCUCUAUGUGGAGCUGACCAUGUUGCUCUUAGCUGUGAUGUAUCCAAAGAGCAAGAGGUGCAGAAAACCUUUGACACCAUCCAAAAAACCUGUGGAAACAUCUCCUAUCUUGUGAAUGCAGCUGGCAUCAACAGGGAUGCUCUGUUACUAAGAACCAAGCCGGAGGACAUGGUGGCUCUGCUUCACACCAACUUGCUGGGCACCAUGCUGACCUGCAGGGCGACACUGCGCAGCAUGCUACACACCCAAGGAGCUGCCAUUGUUAAUAUAGGCUCUGUUGUGGGCCUGAGAGGGAAUGCUGGUCAGUGUGUGUACAGUGCCAGUAAGGCUGGUCUAGAGGGUUUCACACGAUCUUUAGCUAAAGAAGUCGCCUCACGUAACAUCAGGGUUAAUCUGCUGGCUCCAGGUUUUAUCCGCACCGCCAUGACAUCAGGGCUGAGGGAAGAGGAUUGGGCGCGCUCCAUUCCACUGGGGAGAUUUGGCGAGCCGGAGGAGGUAGCCCAGGCUGUUCUUUUCCUUUUGGAGUCUCCCUAUGUAACAGGACAGGUGCUGGUGGUGGAUGGAGGGCUGCAGCUGGCCAUGUAGGAAGUGGGGCCUUCCUCUGGAGUUACCUCACCAUUCAAAACAGUGGCAGUGAUGCAGGUGAAGGCCUCCCUCUUUUUGAAAGUUGUAUGACUUGUUUUAGGCAUAAGAAUUUGAGUCUGGUUCAAGAAUGAGAAGAAGAAAAUGUGGGCCAUCUGACUGACAAAAGUCAACUUUUGCACUUCAUAAGACUUCGUGGCUGAAGUUGAAUGCUGCUCUGUGGCCAGGUUGAAAUCAAAAUUCUUACUGCAAACCACAACCACACUACCUUAAGAUGCACAAAAUUGAUGUGGAAAGCCAGUUACCUACG